AUGCUUCUUUUAUCCUUUCUGUUAACCUUGCUUAGCUUCCUCGCUGUAACCAUAGCACAAGCAUCUGCAGACGAAAAAGUUGCUCUAAUUUCUAACAGAGUGCUUCAAGACCUACAAGCUGAACUCACCCCCCGACAAAAGUCGACAGAGGAAGAUCAGAAAGCUACAAUUUGCUGCCCAGUACCUGGACAGCCCUGGAAGCACAGCACUAAAGGGAAAGUAGAUAGCACCCUCGGAAUACUUUUUGAAGAACAGAGUGAUCCAAAUACCCCAACUGGAACCUGUAAGCAGCUUGCAUGCAACUCAGCUUCAGAAAUUAGGGUCUGUAAUACAGGCCAAACAGUAUUCGACAAGCAACAAGGACUUGAUAAGGUUAAAUCGUCAGUCAGUAGUAUUAUGAAUCAUUGCUCGACUUGUUGUGGUCAGAUGUUCCUGGACGAUGUGGGAAUCAAUGUUAUUAUCGAUGGGAAUGCAGACUGUUAA